AUGUCUUCCAAGAAAAAUGUGGAAGAAGGUAGCAUCACUGCAAUAUCACAGUUAAAUCAUAGUGAUGAGUGGCUGUCAUUUUGGGAAAUUGAAAUAUGGAGAGAAUUUGGAAAAAUCGGAAUAUUCUGCAUCAUUUCAACUUCUCGAUGUUUGAUUUUGUCAAUUUAUGGUAGUAAUGUAUUGGUAGUAUUCCUAAAAUAUAUUUAUUAUAUUGCCUUCUGUUCAACAGCUGUUAAACGAUAUCUCGAGAUCAUCCAUUUAAGACCCAAUCUCAAUUCGAUUGAUGUUUUGUCGUAA